UUAGCGAAAGGUGUGAGCCAUGUUUGCCAAUAUAUAAAUGGUGUUCACGACCAAGUCCGCACAGAUUGUUUUUGUUUACCGAAACCGACUAGCUGCCAACAUGCCCACCUUUGAGGAGAUCGUCGAGAAGGCCAAGAGCUUCAAGAACCUGCCCACCAAGGAGGAGUUCCUCGAGUUCUACGGCUACUACAAGCAGGCCACCGUCGGCGACUGCAACAUCGAUGAGCCGGAGGACGAGGAGAAGAAGGCCCGCUACAAUGCCUGGAAGAGCAAGGCCGGUCUGACCGCCGACGAUGCCAAGGCCUACUACAUCGAGGUCUACAAGAAGUACGCUCCCCAGUACGAAUAAGCGGUGCACUUUCAUCUCCAUCUGAGAACCCCUAGACUUAGACCCCUUCCUGUGACCCUUCUAGCGAUGCAUGUGGUUAGUUGUUGUAACUCUGUGUAUUUAUUGUAAAUUUAUAAUAAACCAAACACCUAUGCAUUU